UUUGUUUCACAGAGCAUUACAAUUGAAGAAGGAACAUUUUUAUUCAUUUCAUUACUGACGGAAUCUUUUCAAAACCUUAUUUCAGUUAACUGAAAAACAAAAUUAUUAUAUCACAGUAACUAUAUGGAAAACAAUCAAAACAUCUGUGUACAUGACAAUAAACAUCUUGAAUCUGAAAUGUAUUUUUCUGUUGCAAGUUGGUUUCAGAUGUGAAAAAGAGAAUGUACAGAUCCAGUUGACAUGUUGUGUAGACAUGUUGUGUAGACAUGUUGUGUAGUCAUGUUGUGUAGACGUGUUGUGUGGACAUGUUGUGUAGACAUGCUCUGCUACUAUCUGUGAUAUUUAGAGGUCAAUUAUGAAGACUUCUUUAACCACACUUUUAUUUGUCACUCUGUCACUGUUGCUCUCAGGGUGUUGACAUGUUUGCUGGAAGUUCUGAAGAUCAGUUUCCGUGCAACAUCUGUCUGGAUGUCCUCACUGAUCCAGUCAGUACACCAUGUGGACACAACUUCUGCAAAACCUGCAUCACUACACACAGGGAUAUUAACGUCCCAUCCCAGUGUCCCACAUGUACACAGGUUUUCUACACCAGACCUCGGUUGUCGGUCAACACUUUAAUCUCUGAGAUGGUUUCUCAGUUCAGACAUGAAGCUCAACAGAAAACCAGCAGCAGCUCACAGCAACUACUUUCCAGACCAGGAGAAGUUCCCUGUGAAGUCUGCACUGGACCCAAACUGGAGGCUCUGAAGUCCUGCCUGGUGUGUCUGACCUCCUACUGUGAGACUCACCUGGAGCCUCAUCUGAUGGCUACACAUCUGAGAAGACGUCAUCUGAUCGACCCGAACCUGGAAGACAGGAUGUGUACGAAGCACGACCGACCUCUGGAGCUGUUCUGUAAGAACGACCAGACAUGUAUCUGGAUGCUCUGCCCUGUUGUAGAUCACAAGACACAUGAUGUUUCUCUGAGAGAAGAAUAUGAAGGAAAGCUGCUCCACUCACCUAGGACUAGAAAAAGGUCUGAGUCCGUCCACUCACAUGAGGGGACUGUGGUGAGAGCUGUGGCUCAGCUGGAGGAGACGCUCAGUAAACAGAUGAAGAAGCUGAAGAAGGUGCAGCAGUUUGCAGUGAAAGUGACUUUUGAUCCUGAUACAGCAAAUCCCUGUCUCAUCCAGUCUGACGAUGGAAAACAAGUUUACUGUGAUGACGAGGAGAACGAUCUACCGGACGACCCAGAGAGAUUUUCAUAUCGUCCAAAUGUCUUUGGUAUAGAGAGUUUUUCUUCUGGUGGAUUGGACUUUGAGGUUCAGGUCGAAGGAAAGACGUAAUGGGAUUUAGGAGUCGCCACAGAGUCGGCCAACAGGAAGGUGAAGAUCACACUGAGCCCUGAGUGUGGUUUCUUUGGUAGUUUGACUCUUGAUGAUGCUGCUUGUUAACAUAUGAGCUAUAUAAAGCAAAUGUGUUUGAUUGAUUGAUUCAUUGACUUCCUGUUGUAAACUCACUGUGACGAUCUAU